UGAUGGUUUUGCCCAUUCUAUUGGAAACGACAAGGAAAUCACGUGCUCGUGGUUCUGUGAAAGGUUAGCAAUGAGAGGGUUUAUUUUUGGAUUGCUGAAAUGCUAUCUGUAUCUAAUUCCAACUGCCUGGAUUUAAAGCCAAGCCGUUGCAAAAGCUGUGGCAUUUGGAGUAAACUUGGGAGCAGCGGCUUGCGAAAACCACCGGGCUGCGCUGAGCCAGUGCGCUGGAAAUCUCAAAGCGACUUCCGCUGUUAGCAACUGGUGCCUGCAUCUUUCGAGGAGCGGGUGCCCUUUCCACCAGGCGAACUCGGCGGGGCAAGUUCUCAUUUCGAAGUGCGCACUUGUAAAUCGCAGCUCUCCAGCUGAUUCCACUCCCCCAACCAUCGACUGACUCCAGGCUGCAAACGCAGUGCAAGGGAGUUCCCCAUUUAGCGGCGUCCCCCCGCUCGGUUACUGAGGACGUGGUCGACGUGGGCCUUGGGAAAACCCGGGGGAGUGAGGUCCUUACUCUUUUUCGGAAAAGGGUGCUCUCGUUUAUUUUUGGAGGCGCCUGACGCGUCCGGGAGGAAUGAUCUCCCCGAGCGGUUGCAGUCCAGCUUUAAGCGUGCCCGGCUCUUCUUUGGAGAUGGAGACGCUCAUGAUGUAACCGGAUCGCUGCAAUCUCCAUCUCAAUUUGCUGGGACGGGCUUUGAAAAAGCCUGGCUGGCUGGGAGAGCAGCUUCAAGUGAUGUCAUCCUACUCCAGCCAGGCGAGAGCUGGCUCCUCUCCAUCAGCACCCUGGACAGCGCCAAGCGCUGCUGCCUCUUGCCACUGAGGGGGCGAAACUAACGUGCACUUCAAUUCGACCCAGGCUCGAGUGGGGAAGGCCGGUGGACAUGCAGCAUCCUCCAACGGGUCAGAAGCGUCCGAGGCAAUGAUUUCCAACUGAUGCAUUUUCUUUUCGCUCUCUCUCUCUGUCUCCCCCCUUUCUGUUUCAAAAUGCAUUCCAUGGUUCUCUAGCCUGCAGGCUGGAUUUGGAGAGAGGGGAACUACUUAUGGAUGAGCUGCCGCCACCCUCUCUCGAUCACGUUGCCCCAAGUAGAGGGAAGCCCAUCGUCGCUGUGCAUUUUCGGAGACUGGACCGAUUUCCGAUCUCGGUGUAGAGCCAAAGCUGCCCCGCAUGUUUGAUCCUGGAUGCAACAGUAGCCCGGGUCAGUGAAAGUGAACUGUGGCCGGUAACUGAUUUAAGGAUUAUUGGACCUGUGUGGUCUCUGUAACGAGCGAUGGCAAAUGAACCAGUGAUUCUCAAUGUUUACGAUAUGUAUUGGAUUAAUGAAUACACAUCCACUCUUGGAAUCGGAGUUUUUCAUUCUGGUAUUGAGGUCUAUGGAAGAGAGUACGCCUAUGGUGGUCAUCCCUACUCUUUCAGUGGAAUAUUUGAGAUCACUCCAGGAAAUGCUACUGAGCUGGGUGAAACAUUCAAAUUCAAAGAGGCCAUCGCUCUCGGCACCACAGACUUUACAGAGGAAGAUAUCGACAAGAUUAUUGAAGAGCUUGGAAAGGAGUUCAAGGGCAAUGCCUACCAUCUCAUGCACAAGAACUGUAAUCACUUCUCAGCAGGGCUGGCAGAGAUUCUGUGCGGAAAGGAGAUCCCUCGCUGGGUGAACCGGCUGGCAUACUUCAGUUCCUGCAUCCCAUUCCUCCAGAGCUGUCUCCCCAAGGAGUGGCUCACGCCCGCAGCUCUGCAAAGCCACAUCAGCAGCCAAGGCCUAAACAAGGACGAUCAGAGUGACCCAGGAAACGAUGAGUCCCCUUCCACCUCAGGCUCCACUGCGACCGCUUCAGGGACCACCAGGACCUGCAGACACACUCGAGUCUAACUGUGCCUCUGACCUGCGGCCUCUCUGACCCCUUUUUCCGGUUUUUCAUACCUGUCUUCUUUUGUAGACGUUCCGUCAGAGCCUUUAAAGUACAGGUGGGUGGAAACUGCUGUGGCGAGGCAUUGCGAGCGAGAGGGGACGACAUGGUGGUCAAGUGUGACCAUCAAGGACGUAACAGUUGGGUGUCAGGCAUAGCCAAGAAGCCACAUCCCAGAUGCUAGUCCAGAACUUUUCAACAGUUUUAAUUGUGCACGUUUCACCUUGACAACCAACUUUUUCUCUUCAACUGAAAUCUCCGUCAAUAAGACUGCUGUCAAUUGCAACGUCUGAUCAAGAAGAACACCCAGCAGUGUUAAUAAUGAUAUCAAAAAGGUUUGUCAAAUGGAACAAUCUGACUGGAAGCCCUACUGAGUUGAGGAUUUGUAUCAUGUAGGCUUUUGCUAUUUUUUUGUUCAAAGGUGGCACAGUAUUCUUCAAACAGAUUUCGGACCUCAGUCCAAUGAACUUUGUACAGACACAGUGGAGUAGGGAAUACUCCACUGAACACUUAUAUGAGUAUCAUACUGACACACAGACCAGGGAACUGCAUUGACAAACAGAAACAGGUACUGUACUGUCUCACAGAUAGGGCUAUUGUACCGACUGACAGAUAGGACUACUGUUACACAUACAUGAACGUUAGGCUAACGCACAGAUAAAGGCACUCACACACAUAUACUGUACAGACACAAGGAUAAUCAGAGGUGCCAGAUUGGCACACAGACAAAGGAGGCUAUUACACUGGCAUAUGGAUGGAAUGUAAUAACACACAGAUAAGGAAACCUCACUGACGCUCAGAGUUACUGUGUUGACAAUAGACAAGGGAGCAAUGUACUGAUGCACAGGCAAGGGAACUGUAUAAUAUACAGUCAGGUAGAUUAUAUUGUCGCAUAGACUGGAAAACUGUACUGAUAAACAGAUGUACUGUACUGACACUGACAAGGGUAUGGUACCAACACAAACAUGUAUACAGUACAGGCACACACAGAGGUACUGUAUUGACAGACGGGGGAACUGCACUGACUCAUAGACGGGAAUAGUAUACUGACACAGGCAGGAAACUCUACUGAAUCACAGGUAUAGGUAUUUAGCUGUAAUGACACAUAGACAGUGGUACUAUACUGACCUACAGGGAGGACAGCUGGACUGACUAACAGACAGAAGAACUGUACUAUCACCAGGACGGCGUAUUAUACAGACACACCAACAACUGGAGAUGCUGUACUGGCACACAGACAAUAGGAGGCCAUUGAACUGCCACACAUACAGGGUUACUGUACUGGGAUACAGUGGAAUGUUGAUACACUGACGGGCACUCUGUACUGACACAGACAUGGAUAGUGUACCGACACAGUAGGGGUGCUGUGCUGACACUUAGACAUAGGAGGCACUAUCCAGACACAGGGAGAUUCCAUACUGGCACACAGCUCGUCAGAGAUGGUAAAUGAUACACACACAGUCAGGUAUCGUACUGAUGUACAUUCAGUAGGGAGCACUUUACCAGGUUAUGAGUACAAUGGGAAUCUGACAGGCAACAAGGACACAAUACUGCCAUAAGGACAGUAGGAGUGGCUGUGUUCAAACAAUACUUAUUUUGUUUUACAAUUUAGGAAAAAUGUGUUGAAUAAAAAUCUGGUGGUGACCAACACAUGCAGUUGUCAACAGGACUGAUGAUUCUAA